AUGGAAUCAGCCGACGUCAUACGAUUAUUUUACCCAUCGUCGUCCUCUCUUCUGACGCAGAAUCUACAACUUUCCUUUAAGAAACAUCAAGUUCUCUUAUCGGAGCAGUCGACUACUAUCGUUUCUGCUAGCAGCAUGAUGCCUGCAGUUCCCGCGUCUGUACUUCGGGCGCUCUCUCUUCCCUCCGACCCCGCUAAAGCUACUCUCUCCUCCGGCUUCAGUGGAGGAUUCUCGUCAACAGGCUCCAUUCGUGCGCUGGUUCCGUCUCAUGAUGGCCAAGGAGAAGAAGAAAGACGGUACUUCUUUAAGUCGGGAUCAGAUGGUAAAGCCUCCGAGGAGAUGUUCCAGGGUGAAUUCGAAUCUUUGAAUGCUAUUGCGUCCAUAGUCCCAGGUUUCUGCCCCCGAGCACUGGCCUGGGGAAGACUAGAGGGAAAGGGAGACAAGAGCUGGUUUUUAGCCACAGAAUUCCUGGAUUUAGGUUCUAGAAGAGAGGGAAGGGCAAGCAAGAAACACUCACUGGCCCAACGACUCGGAAAACUACAUUCGACUCCUGCCCCUCCCGAUCCACAAACGGGGAAGAGGAUGUUCGGGUUUCCUGUUCCAACAUUUUGCGGGGAUACUAAGCAGCCAAAUCGCUUCCGGGGCUCUUGGGCCGAUUUCUACGCUAAUGAGAGAUUGAUGACCGUAUUGGAGACGUCUGAGAAACGGAAUGGGAAGGAUCCCACACUGCGAAGCUUAGUUGAGAGGACAGCCUCGACUGUUGUCCCUGCUCUUCUAGCGGACGGGCAUCUGGGAUACGACAGGUAUGGAAAUGGUAGGGGUAUUGUCCCCGUUGUCGUUCAUGGUGAUCUAUGGAGUGGAAAUGCGAGUUAUGGUAGUAUCAUGGGAAGCGGGAGCAAGGAAGACGAACAAGCCGGCGAGGUUGUAUAUGAUCCGUCCGCGUGCUAUGCGCAUAGCGAGUACGAGUUAGGCAUCAUGAAGAUGUUUGGGGGGUUUGGGGCGGCGUUUUUCAAAGAGUAUCAUCAGAUCGUUCCCAAGACCGAGCCAGUGGCUGAGUAUGAAGAUCGGGUUCGACUGUAUGAAUUAUACCAUCAUUUGAAUCAUCACGCCAUUUUCGGUGCCGGGUACCGGUCUGGAGCUGUGUCUAUUAUGCAGACGCUACUCAGGAAGUAUGGUGAUAGACUCUGA